AUGUACACGGCGGUGACUCUGAAGGGCCCACACAUACAACACACCGAUAUGGAGGCGACAUCGUUGACAUCAAACGCGGUAACGUUGGCCAAAUACCUGGCGCUCACUCAGCCCAACAAUAAGGUACAAGUGAUGUACGUCUGGAUCAUCGACGGAACCAAUCAACACAUGGGGUCGCAGACAAAGAUCGUGCCAUUCGUACCGACAGACGCCUCAGAGCUUCCCCUCUGGACCCCCGCCGGCGCGUCGACCGGACACGAGGAGGGCAUAUAUCUCCUGCCCGUUCAGCUCUACGACGACCCCUUCCGCGGCGGUAACAACAAGUUGGUUAUGUGCGAGACUGUCCGCUACGACAGGCAGCCGACCGAAGACAACCACAGACACAGUUGCAAAGUGGCCAUGGAUUUAGUCCGGGAUCAACAGCCGUGGUUCGGCGUCCAACAGGAGUACACACCAGCGGACGGCCGACACUACGAAUACACGGAGUUUGGUGCGCACGUCGUUGACGCUCACCUCAAGGCCUGUCUGUACGCCGGGAUUGCGAUCGCCGGCGAAAAGACCGAUAACGACUCGAAGUGGGAAUUCCAGGUGGGUCCGUGCGAAGGGGUGACCAUCGGUGAUGACAUAUGGAUGGCACGAUUCCUGAUGCAAAGGGUGGCCAAAGACUUUGGCGUCGAUGUAUCGUUUAGCCCCUACGACGACCGUACGGGCGUAUUGUGCCGCAGAGCUCACUGCAACUUCAGCACUGAAGCCAUGCGAGAACCGGGAGGUAUGGCUGCCAUCGACAGAGCCGCCGAGUGUUUGAGCCGUAAACACGACAAACAUAUCGCGACAGACGACCCGAGAGGCGACGGUUCCCCCACACAUACAACACACCGAUAUGGAGGCGACAUCGUUGACAUCAAACGCGGUAAC